CCAAGAGAGUUUUAUAUAUAAUUGUUUUAGGGUUUUGAGGAAAACCCUAAUCUUCUUUUUCGUUCGCGGCCGACGGAUCCUUCGCUGCCACUGAUUUUUGAUCAAACAUCAAGGCCAAAAUGCAGAACGAAGAGGGAAAGAUCACCGAGCUCUACAUUCCCAGGAAGUGCUCUGCCACAAACCGACUCAUUACUUCUAAGGAUCACGCCUCGGUUCAGAUUAACAUUGGGCACUUGGACGAGAAUGGCAUCUACACAGGCCAAUUCUCCACUUUCGCUCUCUGCGGUUUCAUCCGUGCUCAGGGAGAUGCCGACAGUGCAUUGGAUAGGUUGUGGCAGAAGAAGAAAGUAGAAGUUCGCCAACAGUAGAAAAUCCAAAAUCUCUUCUACUUGAAAUAUUAUGUUUCUAAUUUAGUGUUCCAUUGAGAAUUUAUGAAUAUUGAGAGAGCCUAGCCUGCCUUUUGCUGCUAAAAUUUGUAGUUUUUGUUGGAGUCUUUAUGUGAUGAAGCUGGUUUUUGAUAA